GCGAUAGUAUCGCUCUUUUGACAGCUGCGCCGCUGCGGUCACACCGGGUGUCAAACGAGGCUUCCUGCGCUCAGCUCUGCCGAACGCUCGUUCACUUUGUUCGAAUCCGUCGCCGCUUAGACUUCGUGAUUUCUCAUUCAGCUUAUUCGAGACCAUCGUGUAAUCAUCCAACAUGGGCAAGGAAAAGAUUCACAUCAACAUUGUCGUGAUCGGACACGUCGAUUCCGGUAAGUCGACCACCACCGGACACUUGAUCUACAAGUGCGGUGGUAUCGACAAGCGUACCAUCGAGAAGUUCGAGAAGGAAGCCCAGGAGAUGGGCAAGGGAUCCUUCAAGUACGCCUGGGUUUUGGAUAAGUUGAAGGCUGAGCGCGAGCGUGGUAUCACCAUCGAUAUCGCCCUGUGGAAGUUCGAGACUGCCAAGUACUACGUGACCAUCAUUGAUGCCCCCGGACACAGGGAUUUCAUCAAGAACAUGAUCACUGGUACCUCGCAGGCCGAUUGCGCCGUGCUGAUUGUCGCCGCCGGAACCGGAGAAUUCGAGGCCGGUAUCUCGAAGAACGGCCAGACCCGCGAGCACGCCCUGCUCGCCUUCACCCUGGGUGUGAAGCAGCUGAUCGUUGGUGUGAACAAGAUGGACUCGUCCGAGCCCCCAUACAGCGAGGCCCGUUAUGAGGAAAUCAAGAAGGAAGUGUCCUCUUACAUCAAGAAGAUCGGUUACAACCCAGCUGCCGUUGCCUUCGUGCCCAUUUCCGGAUGGCACGGCGACAACAUGUUGGAACCAUCUACCAACAUGAACUGGUUCAAGGGAUGGAAGGUGGAGCGCAAGGAGGGUAACGCUGACGGCAAGACCCUGAUCGAUGCCCUCGAUGCCAUCCUUCCCCCAGCCCGUCCCACCGACAAGGCCCUGCGUCUGCCCCUGCAGGAUGUGUACAAAAUUGGAGGUAUUGGAACAGUACCCGUGGGCCGUGUGGAGACUGGUGUGCUGAAGCCCGGUACCGUUGUGGUCUUCGCCCCCGCUAACAUCACCACUGAGGUCAAGUCCGUGGAGAUGCACCACGAGGCCCUGACUGAGGCCGUUCCCGGAGACAACGUUGGCUUCAACGUCAAGAACGUGUCCGUGAAGGAGCUGCGUCGUGGCUACGUUGCCGGUGACUCCAAGGCUAACCCCCCCAAGGGCGCCGCUGACUUCACCGCCCAGGUCAUCGUGCUGAACCACCCCGGUCAGAUCGCCAACGGCUACACCCCCGUGUUGGAUUGCCACACCGCUCACAUUGCUUGCAAGUUCGCUGAGAUCAAGGAGAAGGUCGACCGUCGUUCCGGCAAGACCACUGAGGAGAACCCCAAGUUCAUCAAGUCCGGCGAUGCUGCCAUCGUCAACCUGGUGCCCUCCAAGCCCCUGUGCGUGGAGGCCUUCCAGGAGUUCCCCCCUCUGGGUCGCUUCGCUGUGCGUGACAUGAGGCAGACCGUGGCUGUCGGUGUCAUCAAGGCUGUCAACUUCAAGGAUGCCUCCGGUGGCAAGGUCACCAAGGCCGCCGAGAAGGCCACCAAGGGCAAGAAGUAGCUGGUUUGCUUCCACUCAACAACAACAAGCAGUAGCAGCAGCAUCAAGCAAAUAACCAACACCAUAAUGCAGCCAACAACACCACUCAAUACCAGCAACAGCAGCAGCGAGCACAAUAGUAGUAUAACAACAACACCUGUCCUGCGCAAGAUGACCGAUAAGAUGAUGUUCCAGCAGAAGCAAAAGUUUAAUUUCUUCCAUCGAAAGGAAUUUCGACGGAUACGAAUGCUAAAUGCAGUCGAGGCCGCCUAAAUUGGGAAACGGUGGAUCCCAAGGAAGAGUGCACACUGGGAAAAACACUUGCAUUUAUGCAUCCACUCCUCCUCCAUCUCCCCGUCGAUCUUUAGUUUACUACAUAUGAUAUGAUAAGGAGUUGACUUCGUUAUGGUAUCAUAUAUAGAUAUCCUCUGUAGCAUUUAUAAUAUCGUUUAAAUUAACCUUUUUUCUUGAUAUGUAUCAUUUAUCUUACCCUAUUUUUGCACACACUACUUUGUACACAAGAAAAGAACCAGAAUAGAAGCGAUAACUUUAUUUACAAAAAAAAAAUAAAAACCCUAUUUUUGUA